UUACUGCACAGUUGCCUUAAUAGUUGGUCACUCGACGAACAUACUUGACCUUCGGCCUUCGAUAAACUUGACAGUAGACACCUCAACUAAGCAAUUAAACAUAGGGUAGACAAUACAGUAGAAAAUGGAUUUCAUUCUUGUUUUGUUAUGAUUUUGCUUGAAACUAUAACAGCCGUCGGUGAAAAAUCAUCGUAGGGAAACGUUGUCGAUACGUGAAAGUAACUUCGUGUUGAGUGCAACAUGGUUUGAUUUGUAAAAACGAAUCUUUAAAAGAAGUUUAUCCGUCCACGGAUUCCAAAUACAAAAAACGUUAAAGGGGCGAUCAGUGCAUAGAGGUUUGCCUGCAGUAUGCUCAGGGUUUACAAUACAGGGAUAGUAUGGCUGCAGGUGAGGCCAGCACAACAAAGUCUCGUCAAGAAAAACAAUACGAUUAUCUUCUCAAAUUUCUGCUGGUUGGUGACAGUGACGUUGGAAAACAAGAAAUCUUGAGUGGACUCGAAGAUGGUGCUGCCGAAUCUCCGUUUUGCAGCGGCAGUGCAUAUAAAACUACUACUAUCUUACUGGAUGGAAAGAGAGUAAAAUUACAAUUAUGGGACACAUCAGGUCAAGGUAGAUUUUGUACAAUAAUCAGAUCUUAUUCUCGUGGGGCUCAAGGUAUAUUUUUAGUCUAUGACAUUACCAAUAAAUGGUCUUUUGAUGGCAUUGAUAGAUGGUUAAAGGAAGUUGAAGAGCAUGCUCCUGGAGUACCAAAAGUACUUGUUGGUAAUCGCCUUCACUUAGCUUUUAAAAGACAAGUGGGAGAACGUGAUGCUGAAGCAUAUGCAGCUAAAAAUCAUAUGGCAUUUUUUGAAGUUUCACCUCUUUGUGAUUUUAAUAUUCGUGAAAGUUUUUCUGAACUUUCUCGAAUGGCUUUACAUCGUAAUGGAAUGGAAAGAUUAUGGAGAUCUAAUAAAGUUCUCAGUCUUCAAGAACUUGCAUGUCGUGCAAUAGUUGCAAGAACAACAGUUUAUGGUAUUGAUCAGCUUCCAUUGCCUAAAUCCAUUAAAUCUCAUUUGAAAUCUUACGCAAUGACAACUACAUCUCAAUUACGUUAUAAUGGAAAUAGAUCAUUGAGCUCCAGUAAAAGUCUAGGUUCUCAUCACCGAAAAUUACGUUUUGUUGGUGUAGGUCAUAAUGGACUAUCAACUCCAGGUAGUUCACCUGGUAGUAUAACAGAUUCUCGUACCAGUUGUGUUGGUCGUAAUUCUUGCACAAUAUCUUGAGAAUAAUUUUAUGAUUAUAAUUGUAAAUAUAUAAUAUUAAUUCUUCCUUCCUGUCUUGAUGUAAAGAGUUUUGUUAACAUGUGCCAUCAAAAAUAAUAAAACAUUGAAAUCUU